UGCGUGUGUUGGAACGUACAAGCAGGGCAUGUAGGAACGAUGGCGGCCUGUGCAUUACGCAGAGGCUUGUUGAGCAGUGUCAGUAAAUACAACAGAAAACACACACACAGAAUACUGAGUGUUGCUGACACCAACAGCGGGUUUGAGGCGUACAAACCAAGGCUGCAAUGCCGAGCCUGUGGACUGCUCGGCGGCGUUCAGCAAAGGAGGUUCAUGUCGUCACGGAACAGGCCUGAAGGGAAGAUUUUGGAGACUGUUGGAGUAUUUGAGGCUGUGAAGCAGCACGGCAAAUAUGAAACGGGACAGUUGUUUCUCCACAGUGUGUUUGGCUACAGAGGCAUUGUGUUGUUUCCUUGGCACGCCCGCCUCUAUGACCGAGACGUCACCCCUCCCAUGACUGACAGCAAACCAGAGGCCCCUGGAGCCCAUGGCUCCAAGGAAGUGAAGGGAAAGACCCACACCUACUACCAGGUUCUCAUCGACACCAGAGAUUGUCCUCACAUAUCUCAGAGGUCUCAGACGGAGGCGGUGACGUUCCUGGCCAACCACGAUGAUAGCAGAGCCCUGUACGCCAUCCCAGGUCUGGACUAUGUGAGCCAUGAAGACAUCCUGCCCUAUAACUCAACGGAGCAAGUCCCGAUCCAGCACGAACUGUUUGAGCGCUUCCUCAUGUACAACCCGUCAAAAUUGCCUCCAUUCACCGCCAGAGACACACUGAAGGCUUGGCAGGAGAAGAACCACCCCUGGCUGGAGCUGUCGGACGUCCACAGGGAGACAACGGAGAACAUCCGGGUCACCGUCAUCCCGUUCUACAUGGGAAUGAGGGAGGCCCAGAAUUCCCAUGUUUACUGGUGGCGCUACUGUAUCCGUCUGGAGAAUCUGGGUAAUGAGGUGGUUCAGCUGAGGGAAAGGCACUGGAGGAUCUUCAGCCUGUCGGGAACCCUGGAGACAGUCCGGGGACGAGGCGUCGUGGGCAGGGAACCGGUGUUAUCUAAAGAGCAGCCAGCCUUCCAGUACAGUAGCCAUGUGUCUCUACAAGCCCCCAGCGGUCACAUGUGGGGGACGUUUCGUAUUGAAAGAACUGAUGGCUCCCACUUUGACGUUCGUAUUCCUCCUUUCUCCCUGGAGAGCAACAAAGAUGACAAAGCGCCCCCUGCUGGUUACACCUUCUAACUGUCACUCCCCACCUUCAAGUCUUGGACUGUCAGCCAGUCUUGUACUGCCUGGGUUAUCUAGACUUGCAUUUCCCUGUAAAUCCUGCUUCAGCAUUCAUCAUCAGUCAGGUUGAAUAAAGGGGAAAAAUUCAGUAUCUAGAUAAUCUAAGCGCCGGGCCGUCUAGAUCCUUUUUCUCUUCAGUGCAUCCAACAGCAGUCUGUCAUGGAUUUUAAUGUAGAAUAGAAAACACGCUGCUGUUCUGUGCAUCCUCACACCAUUUUAUGUUUUAAGAGAUGCAUCCAGUGAAGUGGAAGGUAGAAUUAAUGUUUCCAGGCUGAGCUGCUUCUGACAUGCAGGAACUGAAAUAUUAAAGAGCAAGUAUUUCCUGCUGAGCUCAGAUCAGGGAGAGGCAGCAGCUCUCCAGCUGAGCUUCGUAUCAAGGUCUUUGUUGGACUUUAGGUCAGUGAGCCAUCACUUAACCUGCUUCUGCAAAACAAAAAAAACAUCCCCACAUGCUGAUGUAAAAAACACUUUUCUCCUCUUAUCCUGUUCAAAAUCCAACUACGUUAUGACCUUCUGACGUCUGAGAGGGAGGAUAUUUUCAAUUCUGGGCUGUACACACUACAACCUCUCACCAAUUGACAGCAAAUUAAGUCUUUAAUAUAAAAAAAAUAUAUAUAUAAUAAAAAAUUCUGUACAAUCCAGCUGUCAGUUUGACACAUUCAUGAAAAAAGGAGGAACUGACUCAAGAUGCAGACGAAUUGAACCCUGAAAUUUCUCAUCACAGCUGCAGCCUGAAUGUUUGAGGCAUUUCCUUUUUGCAUUAGUUCAUAUUGAUCCAUGUUUACAAGAAUUCACCGUGAUUCAGUGUUAAGAUCAAACUGCAUAAAAAGAAGCUGCGAGGCUGAAAACAUGUUGCCUGUAACUUGAGCUGAAGGUGAGGCCUGAAAUCCAGAAGCAGCACAACAUGUAAUCAAAGCAAACAGUUUUCAGCCAGAGUUGGAGAAAUGUGUCUCUUCCUUUAAGAGCCACAGUGAAGUCUUCAUCUCCACACGUUGGACAUUUCUUCCACGUCUUUAGCUGACGUUCCCCCUGAAAGUGAGGAAAGAAACAAAACGCUGCUUUCAGAAAUGAUUUGAAGCAACAGUGAUGAUUAAAAUACUGUAAAUAGUGAUGUAAUUAAAAGCUCAAUAAAUAUUCCUUUUGAAAAA